AUGCUGUUUCCUUGUACGCCGUGCGAAUUAAUUUUAUUUACUGCUGAUAAAUUGUCUUUUUCUGGUAUUCAAGGUUUAUCAUUAAAUGAAUUAUGGUCUUUUAUUCAAUUCAAAUUCAACCAAAAAGAUCCUUUAAAUGAUUUUCAAAAGCAAACAAUAUGGCAAUGGUUGUUUUUUACUUAUGAUGAUGGAGAAGAUGAUGAGGUUGAUAAUGAUGAUCAAGACGAUGAUAAUAAUAAUCUUCAAGAACUAGCAAAAACAACACCACUUAAUAAUGAAGAGAAGCAAAUUCAAUUUUAUUUAAGUUUAAAUGGAGAACCUGUUCAAAUUGAAUUUUUAUUAUCAAAUGUAAUGAAUAAUGAUCAAGCAAAGAAUUAUAGAAUUUUACCUACAGUUGAUACUCAAUGUUAUUAUUUGACAGGUUCCUCAAAUAGUAAAAGAACAAUUCAGUCAAUUGGAGAUUUUCCUUAUGCAUUAUUACAAGAAAUUUCAAAACAUGGAGCAACUGGUAUAUAUUCACCAGAGUUAUGUGAGACAACUGGUCAAGACGCGAGAUCGUUAACUGGUAGAUUAAGUAAAUUAGAAGAGAUGGGAUUAAUUUAUAAAGAAAACAAAUUUUUCAGAAAAAGAAAAUGUCAUACUACUUGGAUGACUCAUAUAAAAUUUUCUGGUUCAAUUAUCGGUGAUGAAAGUGAUGAUCAAUUAAAAUCACCAAGAUUAUUGAAAGAAUAUGUAGUUAAUGCUGUCAAAAAUGCUCCAAAUCAAAUUAGAUCAUUCAGAGAUUUGAAACUUGAGUUAAAUAUGACAAAUAAAGGCAAGGGAUCUAGAUUAUUUGGUUGUGUAAUUUAUGCAUUAAAUCGAGAUGGUUAUGUGGAACGAGUAGAUGCAAUAGCAACCCAUAAGAAGAGUGGUAGAGAACAAAAGGUGUAUUCAAUCAAAUUUAAAAAAGAUUUACCAAAGGUUUCACACGAUGAUGUUUCAGAAUUUUAUGAACUUUUGGAAGGUAAUGAAGCGAACUUGAAUGAUGAAGAUGAAGAUGAAGAUGAAACAGAAAUUUCCUCAAGCAAUUUGCCACUUUUAAGUCCUUUUUUCCCAAUACCCUCCCAAAUCUAUCAAUUGAUUAACAAUACUGAAACUAAUGGAAUUACCUUGAGAGAAGUGGUUAAAUCAUUAUUUGGAAAUUCAAAGCAUAGAGUAAUGGAGAGAUUCAUGGAUGUUAUUACAAGCUAUACGUUGAAAAAUAAUAAUUUAGAGCCUUUUCAAAAUUAUCCUAAUGAAAACGAGAAUGUUGCUAUAGUAAAAGUUGCUGUCUCCGAAGGAAAACUAAAAUAUUUUCGUUAUUAUUCAAAAUCAAGGUUCAAUACUUACAAAUCUAUUAAGCCAUUUAAAAAAAAAUUACCAGUUAGAAAUUUGAUUUCAGAUAAAUCUUUAAGAGAAUUGAACACAAAAUUGAAUGUCAAACAGGAUAAAUCGCCACUGGGAAUGUUAUACAGUAUUCCAAAAGAUUGUAUUUUAACCCCCUAUCAAUCUUUUAAAAAAUACUCCUCGUUCAAAAAGUUAUCUCCUCGAUUUAAUGAAUUUAAACCAUCGACUCAAACUAAUGUCUCCAAUAAAAGCUCCACAAGGAAACGACUGAACGACUCAAUUCAAUCAGAUGAUAUGGGGUCUGAAAAUGAAUUGAAACGAGCAAUUAAACGAAGAAAAUCCGGGUCUAAAGAGCAGUUUCAAGGGUUAUGUAAAGCAAAUAGGAACUCACAAAUAAAAUUCGAGCAUUCUGAAAUGCAAUUGGAUGGUAAUUAUGAGUUUGUUGAUAUAGCGAAAGAGUCAGAUAUGGAAAAUAUUGAUAGGGAAAAUGAAAGUGGUGAUUUGAAUCAAAAUGGUGCACAAGAAGACAGUUCAGAAAAUAGCUUGAAUUUGAAGCAGGAAAAUGCACACAUCAAAUUACAAGAAUCUAGGACUCAGCUGGUUAAUCCUAAAAUUAAUAAAUUGAAUAAAUCUUAUUUUACGAGACGUGGAGUAGCAACAAACAGAGGAGAAAGUUUUGAUGAAACUGGUGAUAAACGUCGGAACAUAAUUCUACAACUAAUCAACAAUGAAGGUGGUGUGGCAUUCACAUGUGCAGCGUUCAGAAGAAACAUUGAUUUAGCUUUGAAUGUACAAACAAUUACAGAUGCUAAAACAUUGAGAAGAGAUCUUCAAAAGUUAAAAGAAGCAGGGAAAUUAGAAAUUCGACAAGUUGAAAUGAUCAAAUCUGGUCAAAAGGUUACUAGACAAUUGAUGAUAUCUACAAAUGAGCUAUUCAAACCCAGUGAAGACGAUAUUGAAGAAAAAAGACGAAAAUGUAUUGCUGAUAGUGGAGUUAACCCUCCUACUAAAAUUGAGCAAAGAAGAGUAGUUAAUGAUGAGAUUACUUUAUUCAAAUUAAAGUCUGUUUUUCCAAAAAGAUUGGAUUCCCUUUCAUCAAAUACCAAAAACUCGAGGAAUCGUGUUAAGAGAAAAGUUAUUGAAUCUUCUCACCCCGUUGCACCAAGUAUAGCAGGUAAAAGUUAUGAAGCUCAAGCACAGGAACAACUAAAUAUUUCAGUUGAAGAUUAUAAAGUCGAACUUGAAAAAAAAUUAGAACAAUUUUCGUACUUGGAAAAUGCCAAAAUAUUUAGAAAUAGAGAUUCCAAACAAAGUCAAUUUGCUCUCAAAAAUAGACGAGUUCAAUUGAAAAAGAAGAUCAAGGUGCAAACUUUUGAAAAGACUGAUUUAACAACAUUGUUCCGAGUUGUAUGCAUUUCUAAGUCAUUAAAUAAAGGGUUGAUUGAUUAUCAAGCAAUUGCAAAAUUGUAUAAAAACAUGAACUCAAUCUCCAUCAAAAAACUAUGGAUUCAAAUCCGGAAGCAAAUUGGAGGUGCCCCCGCUGUUGAUAAAGGAAUAGAAGCUUUUGAGAAUAUUGUUUUCAAAGGAAUUGAAGAAGAAUUAAUAUCUUCGCUGGAUCUUGAAGUAAUAGAUUUGAACUUUUACCUAAAUCUUUGGAAAGAGUUGGAUGAUUCAACUAUCACAAUAAUUGAUAAAACACCAUUAUAUCAAGGUAGACUUGAAAACUAUAAUUUUUAUGAAAAACAUCAAACUGAUUCACAUUCUUCAAACGAUCUUUAUGAACAAUUAGAUGCACUUUCCAUGAGACAAAAGGAAGGCUUAUUAGCAUGUACUCAUUUUUUUUAUCAUCCUACAAUAGAAUUUCAAGUAUCAAGAAAACGCUAUGACGAGUUAAGAUCGACUUUAAAAGCAAUAUUUGGGACAUCAAAACAGAAUUCAUCUGGCUCUCAACAAGUUAAAAAAAUAUUGAAUGAAUACCCAGAAGAUGAUGUUCAAUUAGCCAUCAAGGACAUGAUUAGGGAUAAGGAAUUAAUUUAUCAAUAUAAUGAUCACCAAGAACAGUUUAAUUUAACUGAAAGGGUUUAUUCUUGUCUUGACGUUCGUACGAAGAAAUCUUUUUUCAAAGAAGCUUUUCAAUUCCAAUAUAUGUUAAAACAAGUUUUUGAUGAAUCAAAAGGGCUUGUAAUUUCACAAGCUAUUGAUGGAGGUAAAGUUGCACAAGUGCUAGAUUGUAUUUCACAAGGCUUAAUAAAUUUGAGUCAUAUUGACAAGGAUUAUUCAUUCGAUGGUUAUGAAUCAAGAUUAAUGGAUAAGAAAAAUUUGGACUGUGAAUUGAUAGUAUACCAAAGACAUGAAAAUAACGAUGAAAAUUCAACCACAACAUCGAUUCCAACUGGAAAAGCUUGUUCUCAUGUUUGGUUGAGCCUUAAUGGUGAUAUUGAUGGUUUAUUGUGGCUGAAAAUAAUUGUGACUAUUCUACACUACAUUCAGUUCAGGCCUGGUAUUCCAGGUCAUCUAUUAUACAAUAAGGUAGAUGCAUUAUUGAGUUACAAUGAUUUUAAAGAAGUCGUUCAUUGGUUAAUUACGAAUGGUGCUGUUGAUAAAAUCAAGUUUACUGGAUAUUGUGCUGCGGCAAAGUAUUUAGGUAUUUUAGGUUUUUAA